AAAGUUCCAGGAAAACGCAGUGCUUAACAAAUAAGGCAACCCAUUUAGAUCCCAGCCCCGGCGCCUUCCUCCCUUUCCCGAUCGGAGAUUUCGGCCAAAUCGUCCGGCGAUCCUUUUCCUAUCCUUCGGUUGAUGGAGGCUAUCAGGAAGCAGGCUUACAAAUUCAGGGAUCAGGUCGCCCGUCAGCAGCAGGCUGUUUUCAAGCAAUUUGGAGGUGCUGCGUAUGGAAAUCCUGAUAAUGUAUUUGCAGAUUCAGCAGCAUAUCAACAGCACCAGAAAUUAGAAAAGCUUUACAUUUCAACCCGGGCUGCCAAGCAUUUUCAAAGGGAUAUAGUGCGUGGUGUGGAAGGUUAUAUGAUUACAGGAUCCAAACAAUUUGAUAUAGGUACUAUUUUAAGUUUUUUGUGUUUCUUCCUCCUGUUUAUUUAUAUUCAUAUUAUUAUUAUUUGGAAAUAUCAAACUGACUUUUGCAAAAUUUAUUCAACUUCUAAUCGAUUUCAAAAUCUAGGCAAUAAAUUGUCUGAGGAUAGUCGGAAAUAUGGUGCCGAGAAUACCUGCACUAGUGGGAAUACACUAUCAAAGGCUUCUUUAUGUCAUGCUAGAGCUCGUGCUCAAAUGGAGAAUGAACGUGCCAACCUAUCAAGAGCUCUUGGUACCCAGGUUGCAGAGCCAUUAAGAGCCAUGGUAAUGGGUGCUCCCUUGGAAGAUGCUCGACACCUUGCCCAAAGAUAUGAUAGGGUGCGUCAAGAAGCUGAAGCUCAGGCGAUUGAAGUUUCAAAACGUCAAAUUAAAGUAAGGGAAAGUGCAGCUGGUGGUGAUUACAUAUCAAAGUUAGAAGCUGCUGAGGCCAAAUUGCAAGAACUAAAAUCUAAUAUGGCAGUUCUAGGUAAGGAAGCAGUUGCAGCAAUGACUGCAGUUGAAGCCCAACAACAGAGAUUAACCUUACAACGGCUUAUUGCCAUGGUUGAGUUAGAGCGUACUUACCAUCAGAAAAUCUUACAAAUUCUUGAACAACUUGAAAAAGAGAUGUUGUUGGAGCGCCAAAGAAUUGAAGCAUCUCCAAGUCCUGCUGCAGAAAACUAUAUGCCACCUCCACCAUCAUAUGAAGAAGCCAGUGGCAUUUUUGUUGACUCUACUUCUGAUGCAUCAACUGAAAACGUUGAAUUCUUUUUAGCUGAGGCUAUACAAUCAUACCUAGCUGAGACAGAGGUGGAGCUUAACUUGUCUGCUGGUGACUAUGUAGUUGUGCGCAAGAUUUCAAAUAAUGGUUGGGCAGAAGGUGAAUGCAAAGGAAAAGCUGGUUGGUUCCCUUUUGCAUAUAUUGAAAGGCGGGAGCGAGUGCUCGCGAGUAAGGUUGUUCCGAAUCUAUAGAUAGUGUUCCAUUAGAUGCCUACCUGGUGAUGGGGUGUUGGCAUCCAUAAGCGGAAACCAUAUUGGGUUUGCAUCUUAAUUCUUUUUCUUCUCUCUUUGUGAUGUUGGCAUUCAUAAGCUGAAACCGUAUUGGGUUUGCAUCCUAAUUCUUUUUCUUCUCUCUCCCUUUUUUUUUUCUUGUAUUUUUGUUUGUCAUUAUUGUGAGCCCAAUUUUGUAAACCAGAUGCAUGAUCGGAUUUUUUUUUUUUUUUUUGUCCAAGCUUAUUAAUCUAGCAUAUUACAACGCGACACAGAAGUCGAGUAUACCAAAUACAUGUGUGAAAUUUUUGGGUCAGUUCCAAUUCGCUUC